UAUGGCGGACAAGGAGGAAUUUGAUUUCGAAGAAAUUCACUUCUUGCCAAUCCCCUCGCAAACGAAUAUCUAUGGUCUGACAAAAAUCGACGGAAACGACGAAGAAAGAAAGCUAUUUCUGGCGUCCCUUAGUGGCAGGGUGGUUUGCUUGGAAUAUCCACGGAAUUCACCUGUGCCGACUUCGAAAGAGGUUCCCUUCACCUACAUCCCAGAUUCAGCAGAAAUUGUUUCCAUUGAUGCAUUUAACAGACCUGAGACAAGAAAAGGACUUGUAGUAGGGAUAUCAUUAAUUUUAUUAAAGAAUUCUAGAAGUCACCAAAAACAGUUUCUCAACAUCUAUUCAGCUUUGGAAAGUAGAUCAGAGUUCUCUCUGGGUAGUAUUGCAGAGGGUUGUCAACACCUUGAAUUGAACUUUGUCCCUUUCCAGCUGACGCAUGCUGAGGUUGUUAUAAAGGAAAGAAAGCAAAUUGUGUUUUUACUUUGUGGAAGUGAUGAAAAGGUGCACAUGUUUUGUGAGGAUAAGACCCAACAGAGGUUUGAGGAGCAGCCAGUGCAAAGCUUUUUUCCUGAACUGCAAAAUUUACCAAGCAAUGUUCUUUGGUUGGAAGUGGAAACUCUACACAAUUCUAAGCGUGUAACAGUGGUUGGCUGUCAAAACGGGCACGUUAAGGUGGCAGUGACUGACCUUACUAGGGGAACUAUUGAACAGAACACUUUGGAUCGUGAUGGACCUAUUUCAAGUGUGAAAUUGUUUACGCAAGACUCGAGCAAAAUCAUCGAAGCUACCGGUACCGAUGCUAAAAAUAUUGAAAACGGACAAACAUUUGAAGGAAGGGAUUACCACCUUUUGGUUUGCUGUGCAAUUGAAGCAACUGUCGUUUACACCAAUAUAAUAAGUCAAGGUUUCACUAACAUGGUGAUUCUACCAGAAUCGGACGAAUUCGAUUGUGUGACGUGUACAUGUAUCGCUGAUGUCAACUGGGACGGAAAGAACGAAAUAAUCUUGGGGACAUAUGGACAGGAACUCCUCAUCUUUAAGUGUGUCCCUCUAGACAAUACAGGGAACGGUUCAAACAGCAUUGAUUUUCAGCUGAUGUGGAGGAGAAGUUUUGCGAGCCCUCUGUUUGCUAUUGAAUAUCUGGAUCUAACUAAUGACGGACUGAAGGAACUCGCCGUGGCUUCGCUGUCGGGGUUGCAUGUACUUCAGCAUAACCUUGACAACGCAGCCUUACACAGUACGAAGCAGAAUUCUCCACGGGAUUCUAAGGACGUAGAAUUAGUGACGUAACCCGCAGAUAUGUUCACCUAAUUACGGGCUGUGUAGAUAAGGUACCAUCAAUGCAGCAUUUCAUGUGCGCCAACGAAAGACAGCGUAGGAAAGGGCAGUAAAGACUCGCGUAUUAGCAGCUCAUAAUAUUAUGGAACUUGUCAGGCAUCAUCAGGAAUGAGAAAUAUACUCUCUUUGAGUAUCCAACGCAAGUUUUACCGAGGCAGGCAGAUUCUCCUCGUUAGUCUUGGUUUGUUCUCUAAAGGCCUGUUUGGAAAAAUACUUCAUUUUCGAGAGCCAGUGAUGUAGAGGAGACCUCGGCAGUUAAAAAGAAUAUUAACAAUGUAAAACGUGAGAACAUCGCAAUAACAUUGUGACAAUUAGACAUCGAAUGAAUGAUAAAAGUUGAAAAUUUUAUUAAUACAGUAUAUCUUUUUAAAGUUUACUGGGAUGGCCAGAGGAAAACUGCAAUUGGUUAAAUACGAUUUAGCUGUUCGAACAGACAUGAAGUUGUUAGAGUGUAACUUUUGUCGUCUGUAUUAAAAUUA